AUGAGCGGCCUUGCGACUAAGCAGCAGUCGCUCAAGCUCUUUGAGAAGCUCAAGAGCAAGCCAGCCAACAAGAUCUGCUUCGACUGCGGCCAGAAGAACCCCACGUGGACGUCGGUCCCCUUUGGCAUUUACCUGUGUCUCGACUGCUCGGCCAACCACCGCAACCUCGGCGUGCACAUCUCGUUUGUGCGCUCUACGAACCUCGACCAAUGGCAAUGGGACCAGCUGCGCGUGAUGAAGGUUGGCGGCAAUGAUUCGGCCACCAAGUUCUUCCAGCAAAACGGCGGCUCAGCUGCCCUGAACAGCAAGGACCCCAAGACAAAGUACCAAUCCAAUGCCGCGACCAAGUACAAGGAAGAGCUGAAGAAGCGUGCCGCACGCGAUGCCAAGGAGUAUGUUGUCGUCCCUGACCGAUGGAACCUCUUUCUCAUGCUUACACAUACGCCUAGGUACCCCGAUGAGGUCGUGAUCAACGAUAUCGAGGUGAGCGACGGCACCAGCACGCCCGCCGGCGAACCAGCCGACGACUUCUUCUCGUCCUGGGACAAGCCCGCCAUCAAGAAGCCCACACCACCCGUUUCCCGCACGGCCACGCCCCCCGUUGUCGGCCGCACACCCUCGCCCUUCCUCAGCGCCGGCGCUAACAACGCCGGUGCCCGCUCGGCCUCGCCGCUCUCUGGCGGCACCGCCGGCAAUGACGAUGCUGCCAAGCCGGCCGCCAACCGUAUCACGCACUCCUCUGCACUGAAGAAGACGACUACCGGCCCCCGGAAAACCAGCAUUCUAGGCGCCAAGAAGACCACGUCGAAGCUGGGUGUCAAGAAGGUGACGGGCGACGUUAUCGACUUUGACGAGGCCGAGAAGAAGGCCAAGGAGGAGGCCGAGCGCAUCGAGAAGCUCGGAUACAACCCGGAUGAAGAAGAGGACGCAGCGGCUGCCCUCAAGUCCAGUGCAAAGUCGGAGAUUGUGUCGCCAACGCCCGUGGCCCCCGUUCGCAGCGGGUACGGCUCGGCCUCGCACUCGCGUGAGAAGUCGGCCUCGGAGAUGGAGCGCCUUGGCAUGGGCAUUGGCCGGUUGGGCUUCGGCCAGGUCGGUGGCCGGCCUGGUGCUGGCGCCUCUGCGGCGGCAACCAAGAAGAAUACCGGCGGCUUCGGCUCAGUCGGCCCUAUCAAGGCCAACAUCGACGAGGACGAGAAGUUUGCACGGUCCAAGUUUGGCGCGCAAAAGGCCAUCUCGUCUGACGAGUACUUUGGCAAGGGCUCUUACGACGCCAACGCGCUGUCCGAGGCUAAGCAGCGUCUGCAGGGCUUCGACGGUGCCACGGCCAUUUCGUCUAACGCAUACUUUGGCCGCGCCGAAGAGGAGACGGUCGAGGACUACGGUGACCUCGAAUCGGCGGCCAAGGACUUUGUGCGCCGGUUCGGCAUCACGGCAGGCGACGACCUCGAGAACCUUACGCAGGCACUCGGCGCGGGUGCCACGAAGCUGCAAGGCGCGAUUCGCAAUUACCUGAACCAGUAA